AUGAAGCUGGAGAUCUCCGCCCCUCAUUACGAGGACAAGCUCAGCAGCGACCAGGAAAGCAGCAGCGUAUCGCCACCGCUGCCUGGCGACAGCGAGCUGGGCUUCAACAGCGAUUGCACCGCCCUCAGUCCGGCCAGUGGCAUCGGGGCCUCUCCGCAGCAAGGCUCGGAGCCUUCGCCCAGCAACACAAAAACAGCACCGGGGAAGCUUUGCAUGUGUCACCCGACGCCUCCCUACUUGUACAUCGUGCUGAUCACCAUGGCGAUCCGGGACUCCGCCGGGGGGGGGGGGCACCUGACUGGCUGA